AUGAGCGAGUCCCUUGGGACCUCUCCCCCCAGUCCUGAGCCAGGCCCAAGUACGCCACAACAACAUCAGUCGACGCCACACCUCAGGGUACAACACUUGAGUCCCCCCACAUCUUAUUCCCUGACAGCCACAGAUCUACGUCAGGAGUCCGAUGAUGCUGCUGUGACUUGCAUCGUAUGCCUCAGCGACCUUCCACAGGACUCUAUCCCUGUUACUGGGGAGUACGAUCCUGUGGCCAGAUUGGUUCCUUGCAAUCAUGCCAUGCAUAACAGCUGUCUGGUACCUUGGAUGGAGAGGGCCAAUAGUUGCCCUAUCUGCCGCGCAAGUUUUAAUGAGGUCUCGGUUUCAGCCACACUUUCUGGUCAUAUUCUCGAAACUUACCCGGUUGAAGAUAGAAUACAGGUCACCGAGUACGAGAGUCAGACUUUGAAUCACGACGAGGAAGUAGAGGGGGCAUGUGAAGUUUGCAUCUGUGGUAACAACGAAGACGUCCUCCUGGUUUGUGAUGACUGUAGCAGAUCUUAUCACACUUACUGCCUUGGGCUCGAUGCUAUCCCUCAGCAAAACAGCUGGUACUGCUCUAGAUGUUCCGAGAGGCACAUAGCGGCCCAGCUCGCUGGUUUUCAACGCUCCGGAAGGAGGAGAGGUGUGAGGACUGUCGGUGAAAUUCGCCGUGUGCGACGGCAGAACCAGCGUGAUAUGGCAUCGCGUCAAGACCGAGCUUGGCAAAACGCCUGGCAGCGUUUAGACUCAGACCUUGGAGAGCGUGCAUUGUCGGCUGCCGUGGCCGCCGAGCAACGCAUUACAAAUCAGCGUGAUGCCCAAGUGGAACCGUGGAUGAUACCAACCUCGCGGCCUAGAACAUUCCCAGAUCACCAACAGCCGAUCAGUGAGGAAGAGCAAUCAGCAUGGAGAAUGUUUGAUAUAGCGGAAGGAAUAGAAAAAUCUCCCUGUAAGAGAAGCAGAAGAAACAGUCAAGAGAUAACUAGGUCGCCCGGAUCAGAUAAUGGCGAGAAACCUAGGCGGAAAAGACCGAGAACCAGACGUGACUCCCAAUUGAUUGAUGGGAGCACCAUGAACACCGAGGCGUCUUCAGGCAGUUCUACAGUUCCAGCAAUACCCGCAGUCCCGUCCACAGCCCCAGCUACAUCCGUAGGCGAUAGAGAACAGGCAGGCUUUGUUCCUACAGCUUCAGGAAGUUAUCUAGAGCAUAUAUUGGAAAGCAUUGCAAAAUCCGCAGAGACAGCAGCGCCGGAUCCCCCUCAGGUAGGGCUUUGGGGAAUUGAUCUUAGUAAAAUGCGACCUUUAUCGCCUGAACCAUCCAAUGCUGCCAGCCCCCGUAGUCGGCCAACUUCCCCAGUUGCUCAAUCCCCAUACAUAAUUCCAUCCCUCUUGAGAAGUAGGCCACAUUCACCUAUUGAGACAAGUCAAAUGCCACUUUCUCCAUCAUCCCCUACUCGAAGAAUACCAAUCAUUUCUCACUUACAGCCAGCUCCUACCCGAGCAUGGGAGUCAUCGUCAUCACCGCCCACUAGCCGGGCAAACUCGCCGAUACAGCGACAACAGCAACGCACAUUCUUAGACGAAGACCCUGGGUCUGAUGAUGCCCGAGGUGGGGCAUCAUCUUCUUCUGAUACAGAUUCAGUUAGCAAAAAGCACCGACAUCAUCGUAAGCAUGGGGGAAUACGUCCAGCAAUUACACCCGAGGUCAAGGCAGACAUAGCAAAUAUGGUCCGCUCGGUUCUGAGACCUUACUAUCCUGAAAAGCUAUCGAAGGACGAUUUUACUCAAAUUAACAAGAGUGUGUCUCGUAAGCUAUAUCAGCUUGUGGAAGCCGAUGAGGACUCGGAUAUAACAGGUGAUAAGGAAAAGUGGAUUAAGGUCGCGGAGGAGGAGGUAAUGUUGGCUGUUGAAUGCCUUCAAUACCUAACUGAUCCAAAAGAUCCCAAAAUUAUAACGGAUAUACUAUUGCUAGAAAUACUAGUUUGCGUAGUAAAUACCUAG